UUUGUUUUCACGCUGAAAACCAGGAAGUUUUUGGAAUUCAAGAGAAAAGAAACUUAUUUCUUCACAAGUGAUUCAACUCUAAUAGAUCCACACCGCUGUUCUUUAGCUGUAAAGCAAAUUUGAGUUGUAUUUCUGUCGAGAUACUUGGACUUUGUCAAAUGUUGACAGUAUUCAUACUUCCACCUAAGUGAAAAAUAGACAGUUUGUCAUCGGAUAACUUUGCUUUUCUUGGCAAAACAGCCCUUCUAACAGGACAGAGACUGAGAAUCUGUUCAUAUUUGAACACCACAAAGAAAUGGCCGAGUCUGCAGUGAGUCAGUAUGUGGAUCAGUUCAGCUGUCCAGUCUGUUUGGAUCCUCUGAAGGAGCCGGUGACGAUUCCCUGUGGACACAGUUACUGUAUGAGCUGUAUUACUGACUGCUGGGGCCAGAAGGAGCAGGGGCCGCCGUACCGCUGUCCCCAAUGCAGAGAGAGCUUCAGUCAGAGACCUCUACUGAAGAAGAACACUCUGAUAGCUGAGAUGAUGGAGACGCUGCAGAAGACGUCCCUACAAACGGCUGCUGUGGAGUGUGAUGUUUGCACUACAGAGAAGAACAGAGCUGUAAAGUCCUGUCUGCAGUGCUUGGCCUCCUUCUGUCAAACUCACCUGCAGCUUCACUAUGAAUCUCCUGCGUUUAUGAAGCACAAACUAGUCGAAGCUUCCAGAAACAUUCAGGAGAACAUCUGCCUCAGUCAUGGGAGACUUCUGGAGAUUUACUGUCAGGAUGAUCAUCAGUGCAUUUGUUACUUGUGUAUGAUUGACAAUCAUAAAAACCACAAUACAGUGUCUGUGGAUUCAGAAUGGACUAGUAAGAAGAAAGAGUUAAAGGAGGUAAAGGUGGCGUGUCAGAAGCUGAUCCAGGAGCGAGAGAGAGGUCAGCGGGAACUCAGAGAAGCUGUGAUGUCUUUUAAAAGUUCAGCUCUAGAGACCAUGGAGGACAUUGAGAAGGUCUUCACUGAGCUCAUCUGCUCUCUUGAGAAGAAACGCUCUGAGAUUAAAGAGCAGAUCAGAGCUCAGGAGAAGACUGAGAUAGAUCGAGCAGAGGAACUUCACAAACAUCUGGAUCAAGAGCUGACAGAACUCAGAAAAAGACAAGCAGAGAUUGAGAAACUUCUGAUUACUGAAGAUCAGGUCAUUUUUCUGAAGAGCUGUCAGUCUGUGUGUGUUUUACCUUCAUUUGAAGACGUUCCCAGCUUCACUCAACACACUCAUCUGUCUUUUAAAGACAUUUCAAUCUCAGCGUUUAAGGAGGUUUUGGAGGACGUCUGUCAACAGCAAACAGCCAGAAUAUCUCGAGAAGUCUCAAAAUUCUUUGUUGUAAAGCCUCCAGAACCAAAGACCCAGAAUGAUUUUUUGCAGUAUUUCUGUGAACUUCACUUGGAUCCAAACACAGCACACAAAAACCUCAAACUGUCUGAAGAGAACAGAAAAGUAUCAUGUUCAGAUAAAGCUCAGCCAUAUCCUUAUCACCCAGAGCGAUUUAAUGUGUUUCGUUACAUCUUGUGUCGAGAGGGUUUGUGCGGUCGCUGUUACUGGGAGGUCGAGUGCAGUGGGGAUGAAUGGGCUGUAGCAGUUUGUUACAAAGGAAUUGAACGUAAAGGAAUUGCUGAUUACUGUGCACUUGGCUCCAAUAAAAUAUCAUGGAGAUUGGGCUAUUAUCUGCAGAAUUUCAGUUUCAUUCAUGAUAAAGCACAGGUCCGUAUCCCUGCUGCCUCUAGAAUAGGAGUGUAUCUGGAUCACAGAGCAGGAACUCUGUCCUUCUACAGCGUCUCUGACACAAUGACUCUCCUUCACAGAGUCCAGACCACUUUCACUGAACCCUUAUACCCUGCUUUUAGGGUUGGAGACAAUUCAUCUGUCCGGAUCAUGCAGCAAAGGAAGUUCAGAUAGACCAGAAUUAAAUAUAAUUGAUCAAGUUUCAGAUUCAGUUGCUAAACUCCUGAAUAUGUAUAUAUUUAAAUUUAAAUGUAAUUUGUAGUUUGGAUUAUUAAAAGACAUAACAGUUCUUAAUCACCAUCAAUGAAUAAAACACCUAUAAGUCAUUCUCAAGUUGGAUAUAGUAAAUAAAUGUACAGAUCAUUAUCAGAUGUUGCAAAAUCAGAUUUUUUUGAUUUUGUGUUUUCUGUAAUCUUGGCAUCUGAAAAAAUGUUUCAUCUUCAGCAAGGUUUAGUUCAUAAUAAUUCAUGUUUGAAUCCAUGAUGCAGUUUAUCAUCAAGGGUAAUUUGGAAUUUUUAGUUUGGAAUAUAAUCAGCUGCGGAACAAACUGUUUACAGCGCAGUUGAUCAAAUGUUUUAUGUGUCACAUCAUGUAAUGUUAUGUAUUAAAUGCAGCCGCUAUUUUGUU